AUGAUCGCUGCUGACAACUCCUAUUUCAACGGCAAGGAGCUCCCUCAAGGGGACUCCCCUGACCUGGUGCUGGUUCCUGCCACCCCCGGGGAGCGGAUUGAGUCCAUCCGUCUCAACAGCAGAGCAUGGAAGGGCCGUCUGGACCUUGAGACGUAUAUCACGCGCGAGAACCAUCUGUAUCAGCAACGGCUGAAUAAGGAUGGCUUGACCUGUUGGAUCUUGGUUGAUCGCAAAGAGCCGGAAGAGCAUAGAACGAUCCUCGGUUCUUGCGAAACAUACCGAAAGAAAGCCAUGUUGGCACAUGACGGUAUUGUGGAGGACGUCGCAACUCAUGGUAUUGGAAGUGUCUAUUGCCGGCCGGACUUCAGAGGCAAAGGAUACGCCAAGAGAAUGAUGCAGGAGCUGAGCGAGAAGAUCGAGACUUGGAAGAUGGAGACAGAGACUCGAAAGUGUUGCCUUUUCACAGUUCUCUUUUCUGAUAUCGGAAAGGACUUUUAUGCUCAAUUUGGUUGGCAGCCAUACACGUCAUGCCAUUUUGCCUUGUCGCCCAUUUCCGAGGAAGUCUAUGCCACUGCCAAUGCUCAGGCAAAUUUCCCGAAAACAAGGAUUUUGACACCAGAGGACGUCCACGAGAGAAUUUGUAGUGAGGAGGUCUUGCAAAAAGAGCGUGAACUGUUGAGGGCGGCCUCUGAAAAGUCAUCAGUGCCCAGAAUUGCGAUUGCACCUAACUUCGAGCACUUUGAAUGGCACUGGGCAAGAGAAGAAUUCUAUGCGGAGAGGUUAUAUGCCGACCGCGAAUUGCCUCGCGCAAAGGGUGCUGGAGAAGACAGUGCUGGGGUGUACUGUGCCUGGAACAGAAACUUUGGUGAAACACCCGAGGAGAAUACCCUGUACAUUCUCCGAUGGGUGUACGACGAGCCCACUUCACCAGAACAGGGCGAAAAGGUUGUGAAAGCCAUGGCGGCGGUCCUGCGACGUGCUCAGCUCGAAGCGUGCAGAUGGAACAUGGCAACAGUUGAGUUCUGGAACCCAACGCCACUAUUGAAAAAGGCAGUUGCCUUGCUGGACCCCAAGGCCGAAGUAGUUCACCGGGAGAAGAGCAGCAUCGCGUGCCUGAGAUGGACUGGUGCCGAGCACGGCUUGGGUGCAAACGUGGAAUGGCACUUGAACGAGAAAUACGCUUGGUGCUGA